AUGUGUGAAGACUACGAUAAGGUUCUGGAAAAUAAAAUAUCUGGCUACUGUAAUUCUUUAAAUAAAAAAUGGACAUCAUCAAAACGCACUUUAAAUGUUUUUAGAAAAUAUAAUGGAAAAUGGUUAAAUUUUAAUUUUAAUAUUGGUCUACCACCACGUGAACUUCAUUGUAACCUUUCAACUUCCGAAAUGUCUUUACCUUCAACAUCGACGGUCAAUGGUGUAAGGCCAAUUAAACCAUUUAUUCAAAGUUCCGAUAAGACUAAAAGACGAAAAAUAAAAUCAAUUUUAAAUGAAAACUCGAAAGAUAAAAUUAUUUUUGCAACCAAAACAAUUUUAUAUUCUGAUGGAAAUCGCGCAGCAGCUGACCUGCUUAAACAAAGUACAAAAUAUUCUCCACAACGUGCCUUAAAAAUCAAACACACUUAUAAUAAUAGAUUAUCUGUAGUUAAACCUUAUACAGCAGAUGAAGCGUUGGCUUUGAUAAUUGACGCUAAAUUAACAAAGUUUAGCUACUCAACUCAAUGUUAA